AUAUUAUGACAGAUUUCAAUUUGUAAAAACUAUACGGUGGUGUUAAAAUGUGAAAAUAAAAAUUUUGAUAAGAAAAACAUUGCAAAAAUAGUUGAUAACUCACCAUUCAUCCACAAUCUUGUACGAAAAUAUCCAUUGAGAGAAAGAGUCUGCAAAAUGGAGUUCUAUGGUGAAGAUUUCGAGGGUGAGAGUAGUGUGGGGACCCGGGAGCAAAAACCUCGGAUCCUCCUCAUGGGACUCAGGCGAUCUGGGAAGAGUUCCAUCCAGAAAGUCGUCUUUCACAAGAUGUCUCCGAAUGAAACUCUGUUCUUGGAAUCUACCAAUAAAAUUGUCAAGGAUGACAUCAACAAUAGUAGCUUUGUGCAAUUCCAAAUCUGGGAUUUUCCCGGUCAGAUUGAUUUUUUUGAGCCUACCUUUGAUUCUGAUAUGAUCUUCGGUGGCUGUGGAGCUUUGGUGUUUGUCAUUGAUGCCCAGGAUGAGUUCUCUGAGGCUCUCACGAAGCUCAAUCAGACUGUCACGAAGGCGUACAAGGUGAACCCUCGGAUUAAAUUUGAGGUGUUCAUACACAAAGUGGACGGCGUUAGUGAUGACUUCAAGAUGGAAUCACAGAGGGAUAUUCAUCAGCGAGCUACGGAUGAUUUGGCAGACGCUGGAUUGGAUCAGAUCCAUCUCAGCUUUCAUCUCACUUCUAUUUAUGACCAUUCGAUCUUUGAGGCAUUCAGUAAAGUGGUGCAGAAGCUCAUUCCACAGCUGCCGACCCUUGAGAAUCUCCUGAAUAUCCUCAUUUCCAAUUCGGGCAUCGAGAAAGCCUUUCUGUUUGAUGUUGUUUCGAAGAUUUACAUCGCUACUGAUGCCUCUCCUGUGGACAUGCAGAGCUAUGAACUCUGCUGCGAUAUGAUCGAUGUAGUGAUAGAUCUUUCCUGUAUCUACGGACUCCAAGGAAGCAACGAAAUUGCCGCAUUUGACAAUCAAAGUUCUAGCCUCAUUAAACUCAAUAAUAGCACGAUCCUGUAUCUCCGGGAGGUGAAUAAAUUCCUAGCUUUGGUCUGCAUCCUGCGAGAGGACAACUUCAGUCGUCAAGGUGUAAUAGAUUACAAUUUUUUGUGCUUCCGGGAGGCAAUAGAGAGGGUGUUUGAGCUGAGGCUGAAGCAUCAAAAAAGCCUGCAUCUGACGCAUGAUGAUGAUUUUCUCGAUCCCGCCAUCGUUACCAACGGCCGGACUCAGAUGAAUGCUUCCGAUGGGGAGUCAGUUGAUGUUAUUGUCACAUAAUUUGCGCCAUCAGUUUUUCCUGAACUGCUCUUUUGUUAAAUCCACAAGAAAUAAAAAAAAGUUAAUAGAACGGAAA